AUGGAGGAAACGGACCGCUCCUUGGGGGAUUCGAUCAAUGUUGCUACCAGAUCCAUUCAUGCUCGACUGAACAAACUCAUCAUCGCCCGUCUUCCAUUGGCUAUUCCUCCGCAGGUUAAAGACCCUUCAAAUUAUGUCUCUGGACUCCUUCACAUCACACCCAUAUACGGCACCUUUGAAUCCCUAUGGAAGUCGAUACUUGAACUACCCAGCUCGACGGAAAAUGACUCCACCAAGGAUGGCCACUCUUGUGAGGCUUGCAAGCCAUCCUCGGCUAUUCAUCAUACCUCAGACUCGCUUGAUGAGCCCCAUCAACCUGUUGUCUGCACCAGGAUACAGUCACUUUUGCAACAUUUGCACACGAACGACUUGGAAAGAGUUGCGUCAUUGAAGAAAGACAUUGCUUUCAUGACUGGAUGGUCACCCGAGCUACUUGAUGAACAGCUCACAUCAGCCGCGGAAUCUCCAUUUCUGUCUGCCUUCGUCGAGCACAUCCGCCGCUCUGUGCAAGAACGUCCCCAGGUACUCUUGGCAUAUGCAUGGGUUCUCUACAUGGCGCUCUUCAGUGGCGGACGUUUUAUGAAGGCGUCUUUGUCCAAGAUUGACCCAGGCUUUUGGACCGCCAACACCAUGGCAACGGCACCUCCCAAGCAGGAUGGCCUACCGCUGAAUUUCUUCACGUUUGAUGCGCCUAAUGAGGGUGACGAGAUCAAGCUGGCGUUCAAGAAGCGCCUGGCCGAGUCCGAGUCUCUCCUAACCCAAGAUGAGCGAGAAGAUGUCGUAAUGGAGGCGCAGCGGAUCUUUGAGUUCAUGGUUGAGAUCGUGGGCGAGCUCGAUGGAGUCUGUAGCACAGGCCCUCAGGAUCAGGAACAAGAUAGCGACGAGGGUAUCAUGUGGCGAAUGAGCAGGUUGCUAGGGUUGAGAGCGAGGGACAGCGUUGCAGUUGCAAAGGACAGACGAGCUUGGGCAAAGUGGCUCGAGAAGCAGCAGACAGUGGACGAGGACGGUGAGAUUAAAGACGAGUCUAGGCCAGCCGAUGAGGACGAUGACGAUGCGGACGUGCUGGCUGCAUGCUGGCAUGGAGAGAUUAGCGAUGACAAUAGGCAUCUGACGUUCACACGGCGCAGCGAAAGUGGCUCGGACGGCCCAUGA